CUGGAUCACACGUGUAGUAAGCAGUAGGUGGUUCUGUUUUUAUCACAUGAGAAAAUUAGUGAAGCUCAGUGAAGCUGCACUAGAUGGCGUUUAAUAGUCUGUAUUCUGAUUGUAAUCUUAUCAUCUUUUUCAAAAUUACUUGAGAGAAAGAUGCUGAUAUUGAAUACAACGAUAUAAUUGUAAAGAAUGAUGAUAAGAGUUCAAGUUGCUAUUCAUAGCUUGCAAUACUUCAAACACUACAGUGUACAAGGAACUCGGACCAUUGUCAGCAUGAGUAAUCCUUUAGCAGCUAUUUGCCAAAUGACAUCUACAUCUGACAAGAACAAAAAUUUGGAAACAAUAUGCAGUUUAGUUAAUGAAGCUAAGCAAAGACAUGCUUCUAUUGCCUUUUUCCCUGAAGCUUGCGACUAUUUGGCAGAUAAUAAAAGUAGUAUUGUUGAGAUGGCAGAACCACUGGAUGGUUCAACAGUAACUGCUUAUAAGAAACUUGCAUGUGACAAUGAUAUGUGGUUAUCCUUUGGAGGGGUUCAUGAAAAAUUAGGAAAUGAUGCCGAGAGGAUAAGCAAUUCACAUAUUUUAAUUAAUAACAAAGGUGACAUCACCCAGGUAUAUAGAAAGAUACAUCUGUUUGACAUGGAAAAUAAAGAAACUGGUGUUCGGUUGAUGGAAUCAGAUUAUGUACAACAAGGUAGUGAAAUUCUUCCUCCUGUUACUACACCUAUUGGAAAAUUGGGCCUUAGUAUUUGUUAUGAUAUUCGUUUUCCUGAAAUAUCAUUGGCGCUCCGAAACAUGGGUUCACAAAUUCUUACUUAUCCAUCGGCUUUCACAUAUCAAACUGGUGCUGCUCAUUGGGAAGUCUUGUUACGUGCACGUGCCAUUGAAACACAAUGUUAUGUUAUUGCAGCGGCUCAAACAGGUGCACAUAAUAAAAAACGAGUUAGCUGGGGUCACGCUAUGAUCAUUGACCCAUGGGGUGCUGUCAUUGCUCAGUGUGCAGAAAAAACUGGCAUUGCAGUUGCAGAAAUUGAUUUAGAAAUUCUUAACAAAAUACGCAAAAAUAUGCCAUGUGAUGAACAUCGACGCACUGAUUUAUAUCCAGUUAUUCAACCUUUGAAGUAACAAGCAUUUUCAGUAGGCAUAAUUUUUAUUCAAUAAUGGAUAUAUGAACGAUAUAGUUAGCUGGCUCAGUGAAUUUAUUUUAUAUUGAUGUUAAAUUGUCAUGUAAAUAAAUAUAUCUACAUGUAUGUUAAUAGAGAGGACGCGAAAUGUAGAUAUUAAAAACAA